AUGGUUAAAGUUGGAAUUGUAUUAGAAAAACUUUCACAAUUGGAUCUUAAAAAAUUUGAUCGAGUGAUAGAUAUAGUUGUUGAUUGCUUACCUAAUAAAGAUAACGAUAGUGCCAAUGAUGAAAUUGUUUUAUUAUUAAAUGAGAAAAUUAGAAAUUCUGAAUUCUUAGAAUUGAUCUUAGGUGAUCUUUAUGGUAAAUUUAGAGAUAUUUUGACUAGAAACAAUAAAUUUCUUACUCAUGUAAACGUAUUUUUCAAUAAGGAUGACAAGAAUGAGUAUGACGACAUCUUAGACUCUCAAAUAAUUUAUAUCCCUCGUAUAGAAUUAAAACCCUUGUUUAGCCAUACAAAAGAGGUUCGAAUUUUUGAUCUUCCGCUAAUUGAAUUACCUGAAUUAUCAAACAAACCUAUAUCACCAGAUAUGAAUAAAUACCAGAUAAGUGCGAUAGGCGGCACUUUUGAUCAUUUACACGAUGGCCAUAAAAUUUUACUUAGUGUUGCAGCAUUUCUAACAACACAAAGGUUAGUAGUAGGUGUGACAGAUCAAGAAUUAUUAAAGAAUAAAAAGUUUAAAGAAGUUUUACAAAGCUACGAAUUUAGAUGUAAGUAUGUAACAGAAUUUCUAAGGAAAAUUAAGCCAUCAUUAAAAGUUGAAAUAUAUCCCUUGCGAGAUGUUUGUGGCCCAACUUUAAAGUUUGAAGAAAUUCAAUGUCUACUAAUUAGUAAAGAAACAUUAAAAGGAUCAAAAAUCGUUAAUGACGCCAGAGUUGCAAAAGGCAUGUCUGAAUUAGAGAUUUAUAUUGUAGAUGUUCUCGGUGGAGAUGAGCAUAAUAAUUGGCAGGAAAAAUUAAGUAGUACUAGUAUCAGACAAAAGCUUAUAGAACUACGAGAGAAGUGA